AGCAUGUGUUCCAGCUAUAAGGCCUGUGGAGAGGAGGGGCCCCCACUGCUCCCAGAGACGCCCGAGAUGAAGACUGUCCUGCUGCUCCUCGUCCUGGCAGUGGCUGCUGGGCCAGCCCAGGCUCUCAACUGUCACGUAUGCACCAGCACCAGCAAUUGUAAGAACCCUCAGAGAUGUUCUGCCAGCUCACGCUUCUGCAGGACCAUGCUGACGGUGGAGACCCUGUCGGGGAACCUGGUGAAGAAGGAGUGUGUGGAAUCGUGCAAGCCCACGUACAGCCAGCCCGGCCAGGUCAGCAGUGGCACCGAGGUCACCCUGUGCUGCCAGGGCGACCUGUGCAAUCACAGUCUGGGCAGCAGUGCGCCUGCCCGGCCCCUCCUCACUAGCACCGCCCUGAGCCUGGCGCUGGCUCUGGGACUCCUCACCCUCUUCUUGGCCCCCAGCCUGUGACCCCGCCCCAGGGCAAGGCCCCCAUUCCUUUCCCAGGGACUCCCAUGCCCCCAUCCCUUCCUCUCCCUGCCCUGGGGAAUUCCACAGCCCCUCCCUAGCCACAGUGGGGGUUCAGAGGCCCUGGGCUGGCAGCUUCCUCAGAGGGACUGGGGCCAGGUCUUGUGGGCAUACAGAGCCAUCUCUUCCUGAAGACGAGAGGACGCAGCUCCCUGAGCAACCCAAGGGCAGGGGACAGAAGGCAUUCUGACUCCUGACUUUGUAUUCAUUCUGUUUGGUUUCUGUUUAUUUUUCUACUCGAAACUCCACAUAGGAAUAAAUGAUU